AUGCCUUGUCUGCGGGAGGCGGGAAGAAGAGAGGGGAAUGAAGAACAGUGGCACCCAACAAGCAAGGCAGACACAAGCAGCACCGGCGCCUGUGCGCGACGACGGCACCCCCACAGUUGUCUCGUGUGGACGACCCCAACGGAGCCCCUACGGAGCGGGCGCACAAAACCCCACCAGCGCCACCCCAGCGGCCGAGGUGGGGGCGCUCUCGCUGCGAACCCACAGCGCGUUGCUGCGCUGCGUGCUGCCAGCCCCGCUCUACGCAGCGCGCCUCUACGCAGACCGCUUUUUUUUCUUUUUCUGCAGCCCCCGUGCUUCCAGUGGGUUGCGCGGCCGCCCGCCUCGCGUCUCGCACGCCCCGCAGAAAUCUUUCGCGGCAUCCGCCUGCAGUUGCCCCGUCCCCGCCGAUCGCUCAACGCCGGACGACGGCGCGUGCAGAGGGGCAGCGCAAACAUGCGCCGCCGUGGCAUCUGGGUAUCCCGCGACCAACUUUCCCGCGCGCCGGCGAGAAGGGCCAGCGGCGAGCCCCAGCCGCCCCAGCGUGAGCCCCCGUGA